CAUGGGAAAUCUCUCAAACUUCGGAAUGGUAAACGUGAAGGUGGUGCAGUUUUUGGAGAGGAGCUGUCCCAGCUAAAUCGAGCUAGGUUGUACUAUUCUGAAGCCGCUCGAAAAUUGAACAGGAUCGAUGUCGUGUUGCAGGGAGUAAGCGGUAAGUCACUGGAUUUCAUUGCAGUGGGGAAUGUAGAAAGUUUCGUCAGCUGUGGGAAGGUACAGUGGGAGGAGGAGCACGCACAGCUCCCAGAAGCGCGGGGCGAGGAAGGCGGGCCACUGCAGGCACAGACUAGAAACUCGAGACUAGAGCUCUAUUUCACGAAAACAAUGCGUGAGUAGGUGCUUGCGGAUAUGCGCGAAAUCGUUCGAGGCUUCGGGCAGUGCUGUCCAGUACAUGCGCUUGAUUGCAAGUUCUAGCCCUUUGAUGGCCGUUAGAGCGAAAGGAAGUUCUUAAUUUUAUUCAAUUAAGAGAGGAGUCGAGGAGCAAUGUCGUCACACGGCGGUUCCAGGCACGGCAAUGGGGAUAGUUCUGAUAAAAGUCCUCCAGCUUCUACAAUGUUGUGGGCGGAACAGCUGCGAAAGUACGUGGGAUCGGGGGCCGGCCUAGGUUCGGAAGCAUUAACAGAGAUGGAAACGAAGAGGAUUCUCCACGAGGCUUUCAGAGAGCGUCAACAGAAGAGUGUAGAAGCAGGGGCUAUACCUAGUUUCUACAAGAAGAAACCUGUGGAAGGAUCAGCUGGGGCUAAGCUGCAACGGCUUGCACGCUACAGAUUCUUGAAGAAACAAGCUGAAGUGUUACUGAACGCGGACGAUUUAGACGCAAUGUGGGUUUGUUUGCGUGAGAAUUGUAGCAUUGACAACGCCAAUGGUGUUGAAAAGAUGAAUUAUGAAGACUUUUGCGGGAUUGCUUCAAUAUGUACUGAGCAGAUAGGUGCAAAGUGCAAGAGAUUCUUCUCUCCCUCCAACUUUUUAAAGUUCGAAAAAGACGAAUUUGGAAGAAUCGCUAUUUUGCCCUUCUAUUUGUAUGUCAUGCGCACGGUGUCCUUGACUCAGGCCCGUAUCGAUAUGUGUGAACUUGAUGAUGAUGGCGAUGGGUUUCUCCAACCACAGGAGAUGGAAGGAUAUAUUCGAGGAUUAAUUCCUAAUCUUGCCCAACUUCGUGACAUUCCUGCUCCCUUCGUUACCAUGUAUUGCCGUAUUGCCACUCGGAAGUUCUUCUUCUUCUGUGAUUCACAAAGACGAGGAAAGCUUUGUAUAAAAAAGGUUCUUCUAAGUAACUGCCUUGCGGAGCUUAUGGAACUUCACCAGGAAACCGAGGAAGAUGGUGGGGAGGCAGAUUCUAGUGAUAACUGGUUCUCACUCAGCAGCGCUCAACGGAUAUGCGAUAUGUUUCUUGCCCUUGACAAGGACUUGAAUGGAACUUUGAACAAGCAAGAACUGCAAGCGUAUUCAGACGGCACCCUCACCGAGAUAUUUAUUGAACGAGUUUUUGAUGAACAUGUUAGACGAGGCAGAACGGGGCCUGGAGCAGGGAAGGCACGAGAGAUGGACUUUGAUAGUUUCCUGGACUUUGUAUUGGCCCUUGAGAAUAGAGACUCGACCGAAGGGCUUUCAUACUUAUUCAAAUGCCUUGAUCUCCAUUCAAGAGGCUAUCUCACAACGGUUGAUGUUCACACGCUCUUCAGGGACGUGCAUCGUAAGUGGAUCGAAGGGGGUAAUUAUGACCUUUCUAUCGAUGAUGUUAGAGAUGAAAUAUGGGACAUGGUCAAGCCUGCUGAUAUGACCAGGAUAACCUUAGCAGACAUGCUGAAUUGUCGACAGGGUGGUACUAUUGCAAGCAUGCUUACAGAUGUACGUGGAUUCUGGGCUCACGAUAACCGGGAGAAUCUUUUGCAAGAAGAGGAAGAACCUCAGGAAGAAGAAGGUGAAUGAAGUUGCUAAGGAUGGGCAAUACGAGUCCAGACGAUGGUUGAACCUUACACUUCAGAGGGGAUUGUGAAGAUAUUUUCAAAUUUUGGGUCGAGCUGGAAAUCGACCUUACCAAUAGCUUGGAAGUGUGUGCAUCUUCACAUAUUAAAGCGUCUGUGCAGAUCCUGGGACAGCUUUUUCUCCACGCUAGUCUUUUGGGUAUCACUAAGAUGCAGGCUUGGAGCCUCCACGGCAGUAAAUAUUAUAUUGAAGACUGGGUAAUACCCAGAGUGCUUCAAAUCUCCGAAGGUGAAACGCGCGAAUUUCCGUGUGCUAAGACAUGCGUCUGGCAGCCGGCUAGAGGAGCUCGGUGUCAGGAAUUUUAGGUUCCGAAUGAGUUCAAUGCAACUGACAGCAGUAUAGGUGGGGCGCACCGUCGUGAACUCUAGCCUUAUUCAACCGAGGACAGUGAUAGUGGUUGGGGCAAUCACGAUGGCAGUAUCAGUUGAAAUGUUUGUAUGCGCAAACGUACUGAUACGCUUUCACGGCCGGAGAGGUGGUGGUAUUAGUUGAGGUGCAGAUUGUAACCAUGCAGAUGAUCCGAAAUGGCUUUUAGAUUUUGGACUUGUUUAAUAUCUGACCAAGGUCAGUGAUUGCACGAUGAGUAGAUCUUUAAAUCCUCAGGUGUACUUCAACGUGUGUAGGGUAUUCAACAUUUGGGGUUUAGGUUGAGGGUCUAAGGACUCCUAUUCGAUGAAGAAUCAUCUAAUAUGCAGCAGUCUACAGCAUGUGAAGACUUAACUCGGUAUUGAUCCUUUACCGGUCAUACCUGUGAGUUAAUUGUAUUGUAAAUAAUUGUUUUACAUGUUUUAUAUGAUUGUCACUUCAACCCUUGGGUUGCAAGAGCAGAGUUCAUCGUG